CCAGCUUCAAUUCCGCACUCGUGACCGUGGGAACUAUCACUCUUGAACCCGUUGUCCUUCUCUUCAUCGAAGCAUGUCAUGGCUUGCAUGCCGUGCCGUACGCUCUUUUCAGAGAGGUAGCUUUCGUUCUCUGCACCAGCACCAGCACCAGCACCAGCGAUGGCAGCAGUCGCGUCAAUAUGCUGCGCUCGCCGCCGCGGAGCUUCAGUUUGGCCAGCCUUUGCACGAGACGCACCCCCAUCUGCUGAAGGCUGGAGAGAUUACGCCUGGAAUCACAGCCGUUGAGUACUACCACCGCCGCCAGAAACUUGCCGAGCUUCUCCCGGUCAAUUCAGUAGCGAUCCUCGCUGCCGGCGAUGUCAAAUAUCGCUCAGGUUCUUCAGCCGUCUUCUACGACUUUCAUCAGGACCCGGACUUCUUGUAUCUGACUGGCUUUCUGGAACCGGAAGCGCUUGCCGUAAUAGCAAAGAAAGGGAAAAGUGCUUCGGAUGUCAUCUUUCAUCUGUUUGUGAGACCAAAGAACGCUGCUGAUGAGCAGUGGGAGGGGGCUCGGUCGGGUGUGCAGGCGGCCCUGGAUGUCUUCAAUGCCGACGAGGCCGGCGACAUAAAUCGCGUAGACAGAGAACUGCCAAAACUUCUUCAGGGCGUUGAGAAGGUCUACACAGACCUGCCUCGUAGCUUCGCCCCCAGAACUGCCUUCUCGCGUUACUUGUCUGGUCUAGCAUUACGGCCCGACGAUGGUAUAGCUAAGGCGAUAUCUGGAUUGACCGUCAGGCCUCUCCGGCCGCUUCUGAAUCGGCUCCGUGUCCGCAAAAGUGAGGCCGAGAUCUCACUAAUGCGGAGUGUAGGCAAAGCGUCUGGACGGGCCAUCACACGAGCCAUGCGACAAACUUGGACGAGCGAGAAGAAGCUCGCCGCGAACCUCGAAUUCAACUUUAUGGAAGAAGCUAUGGAUGGUGUGGGCUAUGUCCCUGUGGUUGCAGGCGGCGUCAACGCUCUAAACAUACACUACACGCGCAACGACUGCCUGCUCGAGACGAACGACUUGAUCCUCAUCGACGCGGGAGCUCAGCAUGGCGGGUACAUAACAGAUAUCUCACGCACGUGGCCUAACAAUGGAAUCUUCGCACCUGCCCAGAAGGACCUGUAUCUUGCCGUACUUUCAGUGCAACGCCACGCCGUCUCGCAAUGUCGUGCCAAUGCCAAUCUAACGUUAGACAAGAUCCACGAAAAUGCAGAGAGAAUGCUCAAGGAGAAUUUGAAAGAUCUUGGAUUCGACGUAUCAGGCAACGCAAUGGGCAUCCUUUUCCCUCACCAUAUCGGUCACUACAUUGGCCUCGACGUCCACGACAGCCCUGGCUUUCCUCGAACGGAGACGCUGGAAAGGGGGAUGUGUGUCACCAUUGAACCGGGCGUUUAUGUGCCGGCUCACGACCCAAGCGAGAGAUGGCCAAAGCACUUCCGUGGAAUGGGUAUCAGGAUCGAGGACAGCGUGUGCGUCGACAGCGAGAGCCCGUUCAUACUCAGCACGGAGGCGGUGAAGGAGGUCGAAGACAUCGAAGCGCUACGCCGAUAAGUUAUCGACGCAUCCUCAUCAUGCACGUUGUGCUGCGGCAGUACACGUGGCAGCCGGGUUCUCGGUCAUCUAUUGGUUGUGGAAGAAGAAACGCAAACGAAAUCACCGUCUGACUCGAAAUAUCGGACGAGGCAGAUCAAACGGGACCCGGGCGGCGGGGUGGAGAGAGACCUUUGAGACGAGCUUGAACACAUGGCUGGAAACAGAUCUUCGCAUUGAUCUAUGCCCAGAUGAAGCUGGCGCGUCUAGUACGUCACGUGUAAGAUACUGAUUGUAGGAGAACCCUAAAUGUGAGCCAGCAAGAGAAAGAGCAAGUAAAGACGUGCGUUUAGAUUUUCCGGUACGGAGCGCCUUCCAUUCGGAAGGACGUAUUCGUUCGCUACGAAUUUCGCAUUCACGAUUCCAGAUCUCGAAUCACUGCCAAUGG